AUGGCGUUUGGCGUUCUCGAAGACCGCCAUUUGGCACUGCCUCCUGGCAGCUCCAUCCUCAGCGAGGCUAAGAAUGCACCGACGCAUUCUCCCGAUACUCUAGGUCUGAAGAAGGUGGGCGAUAUCGUCUUGGAGCCGCAGCCCUCGGAUAAUCCAAAUGAUCCAUUGAAUUGGUACGUCAACGCUAAGCUAACCGACGGUAGCAUGUCGGUCAUGCUGACUCCCGCAAUCCCCAUCAUCUCGGACAAAUUCUCCGUCAGCGUCGAUACCGCUUCAACAUGGACAAUUGGCUUGUUGGUUUUCUGGACUGGCUUCACUGCUUCAGUCACGGCAGCUGGAUCAAACGUAAUUGGGAAGCGACCUUUCAUUCUAGGUUCUAUCUUGAUCAUGGUCAUUACAAAUGUAUGGGGUGCGUUUGCAAAUUCCUUCCCUUCGUUGGCAGCUCUACGGACAUUGCAGGGAAUCGCUUCUGCGCCAUUCGAAACCAUGGUUACUGCACUUAUUUCCGACAUCUUCUUCCUCCACGAACGUGGCAUGUGGCUCGCGCUUUGGAGCCUGGUUAUAAGUGCCGGAAUUCUGAUCGGUCAAGUCCUAGCUGGCCUCAUUAUUGACGGUAUGGGCUACUCGGCCACGUUCGGCUUCAGUGCUCUUGUGUUUGGCAUACUCUUGGUACUGUCUUAUUUCCUCCUCUUCGAAACCACAUACUCAGGACCGAGGCCUACUACCUUAUCCACGACACUCUCUAUAGAUGCAUCUUUAUACACGUCUCGAUUUGACGACGAUGUAGAUCUGCUAAAGGGGAACGUUGAGCGGCCUGAACCAUACACCCAAAAACUGCGCAUCUUCCGCGGCCGCGUAUCCAACGCCAACUUUUUCCGCGACAUGUUGAGCCCGUUCCAGCUGAUGGUCUACCCGGCAGUGCUCUUCGGGGCUAUUAUCAACGGCUUCUGCACCGCUCUCGCCAUCGGCACUGGUCUUUUGUCGACGGUUUUGCUGACGCAGCCGCCCUACAAUCUUACUCCCACAUUCCUCGGCAUCGUCAACAUCGCUCCGUUCGUCGUCGGCCUCAUCGCAGCCCCGUUAGCGGGCUGGAUGGCAGACGCCGUCGCAAAGAGUUUGGCACGACGCAACGGCGGUGUAUUUGAGCCCGAGUUCCGCAUAGUGCUGAUGAUCAUUGGUGCUCCGAUCUUCAUCCUCUCCUUCAUCGGGUUCGGUGAAAGUGUUGCACGAGGCCAACCUCUGCCUGUCGUGCUCGCAUGGCUAGGAGUGCAACAUGCCGGCUUCCCAUUUGUCAUUCAAGCGGCUCUCUCGUAUGUCCUCGACUGCCAUGCUCACGAGUCUAAUCUAGCGUUUGUGGUGAUUGCGUUUUUCAAGGCAAUCUUUUCUUUCAUCGCAACUUCGUUCCUGACCGGGUUCAUGAUCAAGGUUGGAGUACGGCCCUUUUUCUUUGGUGUGGCAGGUGUUACCACGGCAGUCUUGUCGCUGUCUCUCCCGGUCUAUGUGUUCGGAAAGAAGUUUAGGAGCUUUGUGAGUAUUUGGUUCCUUUCUAUGUGUCUAUUGAGUUCGGCUGACUUGAACCUUAGAUGGCGCGGAGCGCAAUUGGUAGAAGGGAGGCCAAGUAGGGAUAGGCCAUCGUUGCCUUGA